GUUUGUGCGGCCUGCGCCUUUGAAGGCAAGAAUUCGCGUGGAAGCCAUGCCAUCCCCUCCAACUCCUGCCACGUUCCAGCAGCGGGCCGCAACUGCUGCGGCAUGGGUGUUUGGCCGCCGGCGAGAAGAGCCAGCCAUUUUUCCCAGCCAGGAUGCCGAGGCUCAGGCCGACCUGCUAGUGACUGAAAUGCGGGAGCAGUUGCAGCACACUUGCAAAGAGCCACUCCAGGUGCGAAAGUUGAUCUUCCGUGAUUUGCAAAGGCAACUCCACCCUGACAAGAACACGGAAUGCGAGGAGGCUGCCAAGCAUGCCUUCCAAAAGUUAAUGGAAGAGCGCAAAACCUACCUUGGUGCAGGUGAACCGCCGAAGUGA